AGCCCUCCGUCCUGUCCUCCCACUGCCUCAGCGCCCCCCGGCUGCCCCUCCGCCAGCUGCCCGCGAGACGAAGAGUCGCAUUACCUGCUCCGCUCUUAUCAGCGUGAGGACACCAAGCUCACAAGCAGACAAGAAUCAUCAGAAAGGAUGUCGAAGCAACAGCCAACUCAGUUUAUAAAUCCGGAAACUCCCGGCUAUGUUGGAUUUGCAAAUCUUCCCAAUCAAGUUCACCGAAAAUCAGUGAAGAAAGGUUUUGAGUUCACAUUGAUGGUGGUUGGUGAAUCGGGACUUGGCAAAUCAACUCUCAUCAACAGCCUGUUCCUGACUGACCUGUACCCUGAGAGAAUCAUCCCAGGAGCUGCAGAGAAAAUUGAAAGAACGGUUCAGAUUGAGGCUUCCACUGUUGAGAUUGAAGAGCGGGGUGUCAAGCUGCGCCUUACUGUGGUGGACACACCUGGCUACGGUGAUGCCAUCAACUGCAGGGAUUGCUUCAAGACCAUCAUCUCCUACAUUGACGAGCAGUUUGAAAGGUACCUGCAUGACGAGAGCGGCCUGAACCGGCGGCACAUCAUUGACAACCGGGUGCAUUGCUGCUUCUACUUCAUCUCACCAUUCGGCCACGGAUUGAAGCCCUUGGAUGUUGCGUUUAUGAAGGCCAUACACAAUAAGGUGAAUAUUGUGCCUGUCAUUGCUAAAGCUGACACCCUCACUCUGAAGGAACGGGAGCGACUGAAGAAAAGGAUUUUGGAUGAAAUUGAAGAACAUAACAUCAAAAUCUAUCACUUGCCUGAUGCGGAAUCAGAUGAGGAUGAGGACUUUAAAGAACAGACUAGACUUCUCAAGGCCAGUAUCCCGUUCUCUGUGGUGGGAUCUAACCAGCUGAUUGAAGCGAAAGGCAAGAAGGUCAGAGGUCGCCUCUACCCGUGGGGUGUCGUGGAGGUGGAGAACCCUGAGCACAACGACUUUCUGAAGCUCAGAACAAUGCUCAUCACUCACAUGCAGGACCUGCAGGAGGUGACCCAGGACCUGCACUAUGAGAACUUCCGCUCCGAGAGGCUCAAGAGAGGCGGCAGGAAAGCGGAGAAGGAAGACAUGAGCAAAGACCAGAUCCUGCUGGAGAAGGAGGCUGAGCUUCGCCGCAUGCAGGAGAUGAUCGCCAGGAUGCAGGCACAAAUGCAGCUGCAGAUGCAAGGCGGGGACGGUGACAGCGCGGCACUUGGCCACCAUGUGUGAGAAAAUCCUUUAUUGGAGUCAUUCCGGCCAGGUCCUGCGGUGCGUGUCUUACAUCACCAAAGGCGCCGUCCGCGUCUCAGUGCCUGUUUUCUGCACCUGAAAAUUUAAUUUUUUUAAACUUAACGUGUGGGUUCCUUUUGUAUGCCGUUGACGUAUCUUUAGCAUUUGUAGUCAUUACUGUUACACUUUAAAUUUUGUGAGGUGAGCUCUUGUUUUCUUUCUGAAUUAACCACUAACCAGACUUGACAUCUAAGAAUUGCCCAACAUAUAGGCUGAAUCUUGAUCUGCUGGCCUGACUCGCCCUGGCGUGAGGGGCACCCCUGGUUUGUGCCUGGACCUCCCCGUGUGCCCAGCACAUUCCUGGCCAGCCGAGACAGGUAACCAUGAGGGGAGAUGUGCUGAUGGGGACCAGGAGACUCGGGAAGGCGUGCCGGGCACAGCUUGGGAGCCAGAGCCAGCUCAGCUGCUGUAGUUGGGUGCUGUUAAUCCACCCACACAAUCACCUGUCCGCCAGAACAAACAGAGGAGAGCUGGUGAAGGAAACACGUUCCUAUCUCAGCUGGUAGCUGUGUUUGAGGAGGUCCCUGGGUCAUUUUUAAGCCACCAGCCGCUGUCACUGGUCACCUUGUGAUGAGGAAGCAGAGUAGAAUUCAGCUCACUACAGCUCUUAAGUGCCUAGAUUCAGUAACUUUGUAUUCUCUUCAGUUUUUUAAAAAGUUUCUAAGGAAAUUUAGUGGUCACCUUGUUCAGAACCAGCUGUUUUCCAGCAGCUGCUGCAUUUUGCUGUCUUCUGUGUCUGCCAGCAUAGGAGGCCCAGCUCAGCAGCCAGGUGCUUCCUGUGGUUAGCCAGGAAGGUCCUAUCCUAGCAGCUGAGCCCAUGUGGGAACCUCCCACUGUGGGGUUGAGCAGCUCGAGGAAAGCAGGGAUGUUAGUCCUUAUUUCCCUCCACUCAGGGCCCCCAGCCUGGGCUGCGGCCUCCAGCUUCCUGCAGACCAGUGACCAGUGGUUGCCCUGUGCACUCUGCGUUAGACAGCUGAGCGCAUUUGGAGAUUGGGAUCUGCAGUGUGGCUGGGCUGAGGCACACGUCUGCCGUGCACUGCACCCAGGCCCUUCGCUUUCUCAGCUGUAGGUCAUUGGACCCAGAAAGUGUGCUCAUUUACAGAGAUGCGAAAAUACCUCGGCCAGGGGCUUUAGAUUUAGCCAAAGCAAUACACUGUAAUGGUUUGGGAUCUCAGCAAGCAGCCUGGUCAGUGCCCAUCGGUGAGUCCAAGCUGUGUGUCCUUUCUGUGUGACUCGAGGGUGUGCUUUAAAAGGGAAAUUGCUGAAGGAGAAUGCCUUUGCUGGCGGGCAGUGUUAAACCCUGUGUCGUCCAGAACUGCUCCCUGGGCCCAGUGCCACCAGUGCCACGGUCAGGGCUCACAGCUGGGCCGACUGGCUGUGACCAGCGUCCACAUUCCCUUCUGCGCAAGUCAAAUAUAUCAAAUACAUGCUUUAGCUACUAGAUGAUUGCUUUUUUUUUUUUCUUAGAGCAUUGUACUUGGAAAACACACUUCACACAGCAAUUUUGUAUUCAUGUAAACUAACUUUUAUCAAUAAAGCACUGUUUAGUAUGA